AUGCUUCUUGCAAGGAAUUUAUGUUCCAAGGAAUUUUCAGCUGAGGAAGUCUCAUCCAUGGUUCUUGCAAAGAUGCGAGAAAUUGCCGAGACUUAUCUUGGUUCGAGUGUUACAAAUGUUGUUGUCACUUUCCCUGCUUACUUCAACGAUUCACAGCACCAAGCGACUAAAGAUGCUGGGACCAUUGCUGGCCUUAAUGUAAUGCGAAUCAUCAAUGAACCAACCGCUGCCGCUAUUGCUUAUGGUCUUGAUAAAAAAGCAAGCAGUGUCCGUGCUAUAAAUGUUCUCAUCUUUGAUCUUGGUGGUGGUACAUUAGAUGUUUCACUACUCAUCAUUGACGAAGGUAUCUUUGUUCAAGAAUUCAAGAGAAAAUAUAACAAGGACAUUAGUGAAGAUUCAAGUGCUCUUAGGAGGUUGAGGACUUCGUGUGAGAGGUCAAAAAGGAUCCUCUCAUCUACUACUCAAACAACCAUGGAGAUUGAUUCUUUGUAUGAAGGUGUUGAUUUUCAUGCGUCCAUUACUCGUGCUGAUCAUGAAUUUGAAGACUUGAACAUGGAUUUGUUCAAGAACUGUAUGGAACCUGUUGAGAAGUUGGCGGAUUCUAAGAUGGACAAGAGCAGCGUCCCCGAAAUUGUGCUCGUUGGUGGAUCCGCUAGAAUUCCAAAAGUUCAGACUCUUUUACAAGAUUUUUUUAAUGAGAAGGAACUCUGCAAUAGCAUCGACCCUGACGAAGCUGUGGCAUAUGGCGCUGCAGUACAAGCUUCUAUUUUGAGUGGUGACGGUAACGAGAAGGUGAAGGAUUUAGUGCUGUUGGAUGUCACCCCCUUCUCUCUUGGUAUUGAGAUUGUCGGAGAUCGUAUGAGAGUUGUAAUGCCGAGGAACAGCCCCAUUCCGAACAAGAAGGUAAGUGCCAACUUCCGCACUACCGGCACAGCACAAACUCGUGUAGAGUUUCCAGUGCUCGAGGGUGAGAGAGCUAGAGCCAGUGACAAUAAUUUGUUGGGUACGUUUUAUUUAAAUGGAAUUCCUCCAGCCGCUCGUGGUGCUGUCAAGUUCACAUUAUGCUUUGAUAUGGAUGCAAACGGUAUACUGAAUGUGUAUGCGAAGGAGAAUAAAACAGGAAAGAAUAAUAUGAUCACAAUUGUUAAUAAAAAGGGGAGGUUUUCUAAGGAUGAGAUUGAGAAGUUGACUCGAGAGGCCGAGAAAUACAAAGAAGAAGAUGAAGAAUACACGAAGAAAGUGGACGCGAGGUAUUCUUUUCUAAACUACAUAGACGACAUGAAGGCCAAAAUCAAUAUUGGUUAA